CCUCACCACCCGCCCACGCCACAGAUCGUCGGGCAGCGAAAACGCCAUCAAUCAAUCACCACGACUCAGUCAGGACUCAGGACGGGGAGGGGAAGGGGUGUACGGAAUCGGCUUAUGUAAGGCAAUCCAUCCCGCCUUUACAGAUUCAGGUAAACACUCGUCUGGCUGGUGAUGUCGGUGAAAUCGAGUGUGAAUGAGUCCAUCGAGGCCAUCGGUUUCGGACUGGGUCAGAUCGUGGCCAUUCUGUCUGGCGGCGGGGCGUAUCUGGCCGAUAUUGUCGCUGUGCGUCUGUUUUGCCCCCCUGUUCAGCUCGCAGUCCAGUUUCACGACGCUCUUACAUCCCGAUGGCCCAGUGACGACUUACUUCCAUGCAAGAAAGGUGUGACGUGACGGCACUGUUAUGGUUAUGAUGCCAUGGCCUGUCGCAUGGAUUGGAUGGAUGGAUGGAUGGAUGGAUGUCGAUGAACGUGAGGAUGCCUGAAAUGGCCAGGACACGAUGAUAGUGAGCGAGGGCUACAGACGACACUCCACUCUCUCUCUCUCUCUCUCUGACCGAGAGAGAGAGAGAGAGACAGACAGACAGACAGAAAGAAAGACAGACAGGCAUCUGACUGACGUGGAUGACCGAAAGGAUGCCGGGACAUGCGGGGCUGAUCAGUUAAGGGCCCAUCAAGGGAGGUCACUUGAAAUACACGCACACAUGCCCGCUCUUCAGAUUCAACACACAACCCUCCCCCCCUCUUCUCCUCGCACAAACAAAGGCUAGCCCUCUUCUCUCCCCAUGUUAGCCAUUACAUUGGCGACACUCACCCCAUUACCCUGCCCCAUUCAUGACCGCAUCUUCGAGAUCGAAUCGCCGCAGCAGACGGCGGAGAGCACCAACCGACACCGGGUAGCGGUCGGCGGGCGGCUGAGACCGAUCAGCCACAUGCGUCUCGGUCGUGUGCACAUCGAUGAUGCCAUCCUCCACCCACAGGUGCGCAGCGACGGUCUGCCCUGCUUGGUGGCCGCUCAGAAUCACCCGACGAGCAGCAUCAUUCAGAUCGCCCGGUCGCUGCGAUAGUCGACAGCGAUGUCCAAAUCCUCUGUGAUGCCCUCAGUCAGCAGGCGGCCAUAACGAGGGUCAUGACGAUCGAUGGGUGCCCACAGCACCCUCCUGCGGCCCACCCCCUCUCCAUCCGACCACCUGCCCAGAUCCUCUGGGAUGGUGUGAGUCAUCAGCAGUCCGCCCUGUCUACGCAGCACCUUCCUGCGACCCACCCUCCCCUGACGGCGCCACCGGCAAAGCAGCCUCUCUAGCAGGAAUGCCGAGAAUGAGCGAUAGAGUAGGAGACCGCGGCCGCAGCGGAUGACGGGGUCGGUCCGCUUGUAGCCGUCAGCGUAGCGAUGGCCGUCCGGCAGCUCAUCCAAUGGCACCACACGAAACAGACCCAUGCUGCCGAUCCGAUAGGCCCCGCUGUAGGCGUCUGGCUGCAGCGCCAGGCUGUGUGUGUUGUGUGUGAGCAUGUGGCCGAACAGCCGAUAGAUGGCCAUCGCCAAUGGCAGCUGGUGGAAUGCCGUCCUGCUGGGAAGGUGGGCUGUCAGCCACUGAGCCGACACACACCAGGGGCAGCCCAUUGGCAGGCGUCAGCCGAUAGAUGGCGGCCAGCCGGAUGAACCCCCCCAUCCCAGGCCACUCGCUGCUGCCCUGCUCCAGCACAUAUGCCGCCCGCAGCACAUAGGUGAAUGGGAGAGGGGCGGUGCGGUCGAUGUCGAUAAGGCCGGUGAGGGAGUGGCGGGCGAGGGAGCCGUCGAUGCGCUCCACCAGCAGGGCGGCCGUGACGAUGGACGUGCCGAUGGCGUGGGAGGUGGUGCGGAGAGAGAUCACAUCAGGCAGCUGCAGGCACCUCACCACCCGCCCUCGCCACAGGUCGUCGGGCAGCGAAAACGCCAUCAAUCAAUCACCACGACUCAGUCAGGACUCAGGACGGGGAGGGGAAGGAGUGUAC